UGGAGUAGAAUUCAUCUACUUCACACACAGAGCGGGAUUGUACAACAAAAAACACACAAAAAUAUUUAUUUUUUCUGUAGUCAAUUCAUUUAUUUUGGUAAAUUUGAAGCCCCACGUGCGAGACAAAACCUGCAGCCUGCAGGUUACCGAUGCAUCGGGUCGUCGGUCAUCGGUCAUCGUCAACCAUCAAUCAUCAAUCAUCAAUCAUCAAGAAACCAUAUAUUUUUUAUAUUCCAAGACAACUCCGUGAAAGUAAAUGAUGGGUUUGGCCCACGAGUGAAACGUCAAUCAAGCUGAUUGCCCCUGCUGUCUGAAAGGAAAUCUAACGAGGCAGAGAUUGGGCGAACCCCGUGCAGGAUCACCGAUCCACCAGUUCGAGGACACCACACCGUUUCAACUCAGACGGGGUUCUGUGUGCGUUUUCAUUUUGUUCAUUAUUGUUGCAAUCAAACAUCACACAGCCACACAAAUAUCGAGCAAGUUUUCAUAUCAGCAGCAGCCCACCCACCUCUGUGGGUCUGGGUUUUCCAGCAGCCCACUGCCAGCUGAAAGAAAACACUCGUACGCAGACGGAUUCAGUUCCAGAUACAGACUACAGAGCAAGUUGCGUUCCAAGGCGGACAGCUGAGUGGACACAGUACGAAUAAGCAGCGCGUUUAGGUGUGGGCAAUGGCAUCCAAAACGGAGGCCGAGUCCAACUAUGAUCUUGACAAAAACGUAACGGCAAUCUUCGAUGUGCGAAAGGCGCUGGGCAAGGGUGCCUAUGGGAUUGUUUGGAAGGCCAUCGACAAGCGGCAAAGGGACACAGUCGCUCUGAAGAAGAUCUACGAUGCGUUUCGCGACACGACCGAUGCCCAGCGCACAUAUCGUGAGGUGGUCUUCCUACGGGCCUUUCGCCAUCAUCCGAACAUCAUUCGACUCUUGGGCAUAUACAGGGCUACCAACAAUUUGGACUUUUAUUUGGUAUUCGAGCAUAUGGAAAGCGAUCUGCACUUUGUCAUUAAGAAGGGGGACAUCCUGAAGGACAUCCACAGGCAGUUCGUGAUGUACCAGCUGGUGAAUGCCAUGAAGUACGUGCACUCGGGCAACGUUAUCCACAGGGAUCUGAAGCCCAGCAACAUACUGAUCGACAGCAAGUGCAGACUGAAAGUGGGGGACUUUGGAUUGGCGCGUACUCUCGUGGCAAAGCCCAGCAGCAGCGGCAACCACGAGACAACUGAGAAUGAAGGCAUGAUGUCGGACUAUGUGGCCACGCGCUGGUAUCGUGCCCCCGAGAUUCUCGUCGGCUGUCGCAAAUACACCAAGGCCGUCGAUAUGUGGAGUCUGGGCUGUAUCCUCGGCGAGAUGAUAACCGAACAGCCGAUCUUCCAAGGCAGCAGCACCAUCAAUCAGAUGGAGAAAAUAUUGUCUGCCCUGCCGAAUGUGACACAGCGCGAGAUCGAUAAUAUUGGAACCAGAUUCGGUACAUCGCUGCUCUGCAGAACGAUCCGUCGCGACUACCACCACUCGCUGCACGCCAUGUUCGGAGGCUGCAGCACCAAUGAGAUUGAGUUCACCACCUCCCUGCUGAUGCUCGAUCCGAAUGACCGAAUCACGGCCAAUAAGGCCCUCAAGCAUCCGUUUGUGAGCUCCUUCCGAUGCCCCUCGGCGGAGAUGGACAUGCGAUUGAAUGUGCAACCGCCGCUGCGGGACGACUAUCGCUUCGAGCUGAACGACUAUCGUAACGGUCUGUACGAUAUGAUCUCCAAGGAGUUGACCACCGCUCGUCGCGGUGCGUCCACGACGACCAAGGCUUCCUCUGCUAGACGCGAACUUCCCGUCGGGUGCCGAACCAGUGCAUUGAGCACUCUGCGAAAGAAAAGCGGACUGGAGCCGAAUGGGCUCGGGCUGAACAGCCCCCGAAUUGGCCACAGUAAACCUUGUACGGAGCCCCAGCAGAAGCAUUCUAAUGCGAGCAAGCAGCGGUCCCACUCCCAAGAGCAGACUCAGGUUCAGCCGCUGGAGGAGCUGUCAAGGCGUUCUCAUCACCACAAGCACCACAGCGUUCAGCACUGUGGAAAUAAGCGGCAUCCGCACUCACCGCCGGUUUGUCCCCAGAAGGGCGACGGAGAGCGAACCUUGCAUAAGGGCCAUCGAUCGAAUUUGACCCCAUAUCGGGAGUUGGGCGAACGUCCAGUGGCGGUAGCGACGCCGCGGGUAGCAGGCCACUCAAAGUUAAAGGAAAAGAUCCAAUCGCAGGCACAAACCACAGACAAGCAGAAGCCGCAAGGCCCCGAGCUGAGUCCAACUGACUGGCUCGAGAAGUUAAAUCCAACAAAAAUGGGCGAAACUCAGGAUGCAAGAGAGACUCGGGCCGAGUCCGGCAUGCAAAGGCCGACCAAGGAAAGAAGUUCAAAGCAGAAGGCCCAUACGGAGCCGAGGAUAGUUCAGGCCAUUACCACGCAGGAGCCCAUUAUCCAGAAGGAAUCGCAGCACAUAAAGGACCAGAACCAGAACCAGAGCCAGAAUCAUAAUCAGAAUCAGAUCCAGCGGAAGGUGAGGAAGCGUGAGGAAGAGCUGCUGGAGGUGAACAGUCGCUCGGACAAGCCAAGGACAAGGAGUGAGAAGAGCCUUCUACUCGAGGCAUUGCUGCGGCAGAAACAGCGGGAAACAGCUGCCCAGUCUGUCGAUCUGGAUGCCAGAGUGCAGGCGAAUCUGGAUAAGCUGCAGGCGGAGCGAAAGAAGAUGCAGAAGAAGAUUCUCAAGUAUGCUGCGGAAACCGGAUUGACAUUCAUCACCGACAAAUCUAAGAAGAACGGUUCAGACGGCUCGGCAACGUUUUGUUCUACAGACUCCGAGUCCUAUUUUACCCCAAAAACACGUAGGCCGUUGGUGAAGAAGCCACUACUGGUUAAAAAAUAUAAAUGCAACCGUCACGUAAAGCACCACGGAAAUAGCAUUACGCAGCUCUACGAACCCGCGUCGUCCUACAAGUUCCAGAAGCAGCAGCAGCAACAGCAGCAGCAGCAAGUGUACAAUGUCUUCGAUCCAUCGGAAAGAAAAUAUCAGCAGCCGGAUUUGAUGGUGGAGACGAACCGGCUAACCCAAGAGCUCCGUACCCACGAAAUGGAAAAACAUGGUUACGAAUCCACAUUCCCUACCGGAGUUCGCAAAUCGUCCUACGAUAGAGACAACACUAGAACUACACCUGGCAAACAGCACACAGACCUGAAACCCAUGUAUUUGGAUACGACUUCAGCCCUGAUUUCGACCCACCAGACACUCAAGGAGCCACGACGCAGGAAGCACAUUUCUGGAGCUUACUUCCAGACCCUGCAACAGCGACACGACAUCCAGGAGGCAGCUCGCGUCCAUGUCAAUCACGACUAGAUGUUUUAUUACUAGUUUCUUUUUUUGAGUUAUAUAUUUUCUAUUCAUAAAUGCAAAUUUUUCGAUCGACGACAAUAAUUUAACAAAAUUUUCUUGUUGCUUGUGCAAGACUUUCACCGAUUGAUCAUAAAGAGGUUCUCCCCCCACAUCAGCAGCAGAAAGACAUAUGCCAAAUGGCAUCUGUCCGUAUGUUUGUAUAGUGUUUAUUGUUACCUUCUAUUGCUAUAGCAAAUUG